GCCCUUUCUCAUUACUUGCAUUAAGCAAAGUCUCAGAUUUUUAUUUGUGAAUGGGAAAUUCAUAAUGUUUGCUGCUCUUGCUGAUUUUUCAUUUUUCUCACAGCCUUCCAUUGUGCCGGCAAAUAGGAAGAAAAACGCCAAGGAGGAUCCAAGCGCAGCGAUUGAGCGGCUGGAAAUUGAGGCCCUCAGAUCUGAGAAUUUGAAGUUGCAAAGGCUGGUGGCGGAAAGCCAACGAUACGAAGCAGAUUUAAUGGCAGAUUUAGAGAAGGCGAGGAUGAGAUUGUUAAUGACGGAAGAAGCAGAGGAGCACCUCUGUUCACAGCUUGGAGAGUUGGAGGCAGACUCUGUUCUUCAGGCGCGGGAUAACAAUCAGCACGUCGAUUCUCUGAAGCAGCAAUUGGCGCAAAUGCAAGAUCUUCUUGCACAAUUUCAUCGCAAUUGCUGAUAAUAAAUUUGAUGCUAGAAAACUAGAAUUGUUGCUGUAAAAUGAGAGAUUUGAUUGUGUAUAUUGUUUGUAUUGUACAAGUUUUCCUUUCAUGGAAAUCUGUGAUGAGGACAAAAUUUGGGGAAUGAAUGCGUAAUUCUCCAAUCUACAAAACUAGAUCAACGGAGGAAGACGCGCGGCAUUAUUUAAUAGAUCUCAUCUUUUGUCUUCUGGUUGUUGUGUAGUUUUUUCUGUAAAUUUUUAACCAGAGGAAUUAGGGUUGAAACAGAUAUCCGUACUUUUAUU